AUGGGCACUGAACUAGCUGCUACAUUUGCUGCUGCAAGAAAUCAACAUUUUAAUGCCGCCGCUGCUGCCGCCGCUGCAACUGCACCAGCUACGGUUACUCGUGCCUCUACUUGCCCUUCUUCUUUACCACCUACUUCCACUUCCAUAAUUUCCCCAGUUGCCAAUGUUGUUGCCUCUUCUUCUGGUUUUGCACCAAAAGAUUCUUUUGUUAAUACUUUAGUUGAAAAUUAUAAUACUACGGUAAAGAAAAACCAAAAUUUGUCUGAUAAUAGCAUAUUAAGUCGUCAUAUUAAGAAGGACUCUAUACUAAAUGAUUCUUCUGGUGGUGCAACAUCUAUCAUCUUUUAA